CGUUACGGGGCCGGCGUGAGGCGGAGCGGUGGCGCCGGUCGGGGACGCGGGGUGUGCAGAACACCAGUUUGGGAGGAACAGCAAAGAGAAUUAAGGACAAAAGCUGAUGGACCAUUACAUCUAACGAAAUGAGCCUUUUCACACUUUCCUACUGGAAAAUAACAUGUCCUGAAGAGAGAAGAAUUCAGUGCCGAACUGUCUUAAGCACUACCCAUGGUGCAGCUUCUGAGGACAGCUUGAUUUCUGUGACUUGAAGAGGAGGCACAUGUGCAGUGAGCCAAGAGGACAUGGGCUUCCAGUGCUUCUGGAACAAUGAUCAGGUACUGGGCCCACAUGUCACAUGUGAGUUGUGUCCUACAAAUGCUCUGAGCACCCCUUCGGGCCGUCUCCUUGAUGCACACUCACGGCAUCAUGGCCAGCACUCAGGAGCGCCUGAGCCUGUCUUCCUCUCCCAACUCCAUCGGCAAAGCGUUCUGUGAGGACAAAGACUUGGGGAGGUUCCCCGACGAGCACCCCGCAGCCGGGAGCCACGCGUCCCCUGAGCUGCUGGAGGACGUGCGGGAGCGGGGCUCGCUGCCGGCCGAGCUGCUGGAGGGUGUGAGCAGCCCGGGCACGGCGGCUGUGCUGACCAGCAUCAGCGAGGACGCCCGCGACCAGUUUGAGAACAGCGUGCUGCAGCUGCGGGAGCAGGACGAGCCCGAGCCGGGGCUGCCGCAGGGCACGCGCAGCCCGGGGGACGGCGACACUGGUGGUGCCACCGAUGAUGUGAAGGUCCAGUUCAACCGGACGGGCAGCGGCAGCGGCGGCUUCCUCGAGGGGCUCUUCGGGUGCCUGCGGCCCGUGUGGAACAUCAUAGGCAAGGCCUACUCCACGGACUACAAGCUGCAGCAGCAAGACACGUGGGAGGUGCCAUUUGAGGAGAUCUCGGAGCUGCAGUGGCUGGGCAGCGGGGCACAGGGAGCCGUCUUCCUGGGGAAAUUCCGAGCAGAGGAGGUGGCCAUCAAGAAAGUGAGGGAUCAGAACGAGACAGACAUCAAGCACCUGCGGAAGCUCAAGCAUCCCAACAUUAUCGCCUUCAAGGGAGUUUGCACCCAGGCCCCGUGCUACUGCAUCAUCAUGGAAUACUGUGCCCACGGGCAGCUCUAUGAGGUCCUGCGGGCUGGCAGGAAGGUCACCCCGCGGCUGCUAGUGGACUGGUCCACAGGAAUUGCCAGUGGCAUGAACUACCUGCACCUCCACAAAAUCAUCCACCGAGACCUCAAGUCACCAAAUGUUUUGGUUACACACACAGAUGCAGUAAAGAUUUCAGAUUUUGGUACAUCUAAAGAGCUCAGUGAUAAAAGUACCAAAAUGUCCUUUGCGGGGACAGUGGCGUGGAUGGCCCCGGAGGUGAUACGGAACGAGCCUGUCUCCGAGAAGGUGGACAUCUGGUCGUUUGGGGUGGUUUUGUGGGAGCUGCUCACGGGAGAGAUUCCCUACAAGGACGUGGACUCUUCGGCCAUCAUUUGGGGAGUGGGCAGCAACAGCCUCCACCUUCCUGUCCCUUCCACCUGCCCAGAUGGCUUCAAAAUCCUCAUGAAGCAAACCUGGCAGAGCAAGCCCCGGAACCGCCCGUCCUUCCGGCAGACACUGAUGCACUUGGACAUCGCCUCUGCUGAUGUGCUGGCUACUCCUCAGGAAACCUACUUCAAAUCCCAGGCUGAAUGGAGAGAAGAAGUGAAGAAACAUUUUGAGAAAAUUAAAAGUGAAGGAACUUGUAUCCACCGGCUGGAUGAAGAAUUGAUUCGCCGUCGAAGAGAAGAGCUGAGACAUGCAUUAGAUAUCCGUGAGCACUACGAGAGGAAGCUGGAGCGAGCCAAUAACCUGUACAUGGAGCUCAGUGCUAUCAUGCUGCAGCUGGAGGUGCGAGAGAAGGAGCUCAUCAAGAGGGAACAAGCAGUGGAAAAAAAAUACCCUGGGACUUACAAACGCCACCCAGUCAGACCAAUAAUCCACCCCAACACAGUGGAGAAGUUGAUGAAGAGGAAAGGGGUCUCCCAUAAACCAGGCAGCCAGACCAAACGGCCAGAUCUGCUGAAGUCAGAGGGCAUACCCAGCACAGAAGCAGCAUCCAAUGGCUCCCCAGUCUCAGGAAGUCCCAAGAUGUCAACCCUGAGUGGUAAAAGCCGGUACCGCAGCAAGCCCCGGCACCGCCGGGGGAACAGCAAAGGCAGCUACAAUGAAUUUGCAGGGAUCUUGAAGAACCAGCCAGCGCAAGACGAUGCCCCCCAGCCUGGCACUCCCCACCCUCCCCACAUCCCCGGAGUGCCACAGCAGCCCGGCCACGGGCCCCACGGGCAGCACUCGCGGCUGCACGCCCACGGGCAGGACAUUGCCACCUGCGCCAACAACCUGCGGUACUUCGGCCCCGCGGCCGCGCUGCGCAGCCCCCUCAGCAACCACGCCCAGCGCCGCAUGUCCGGCUCCAGCCCCGACCUCAUCUCCACCGCCAUGGAGGCCGACUGCCGCCGCGGCCUGGACAGCAAGGACAGCACGGCUGAGCGCUGGGAGUGCUGCCAGGCCGAUGCCUACGAUCCCUGCCUGCAGUGCAGGGAUGAGGACAGCGGCCAGGCACAGAUGGCAUCUGUGGAACCAGGGGGGAGCCGCCCCCAGUCCCCAGCAUCUGCGUCCCUCUACGAGAGCGCGCAGUUCAUGGAGAAGCUGGAGGAGCAGGGCACGGUGGCGUCCGCCCUGGGCACUCCCCAGCACUUGGCUUCCUCAGGGCUGCCCUGCAAAGCAAGAUCCCUCCAAAAGAGUGGGGAUGAGUCGUCAGAAGAGGAGGAGGGCGAAGUUGACAGUGAAGUGGAAUUUCCUCGUAGACAAAGACCCCACCGCUGCAUCAGUAGCUGCCAGUCCUACUCGACCUUCAGCUCUGAGAACUUCUCCGUGUCGGAUGGAGAGGAGGGGAACACAAGCGACCACUCAAACAGCCCGGAUGAGCUGGCCACCAAGCUGGAGGAUGAGCUGGCUGAGAAGCUGGAGGACAUGUUGUCCCAGACUCCAGAGAUCCCCAUUGAAAUCUCCACGCAGUCAGAUGGGCUUUCGGACAAAGAAUGUGCUGUGCGGAGGGUCAAAACUCAGAUGUCUCUGGGCAAACUUUGUGCAGAUGAACACAGCUGUGAGAACCCACCACAGUUUGGAGAAUCAGACUGUGACUCUUCUGAAGGGGAGUGUUCUGAUGCCACAGUCAGGACCAAUAAGCCCUGCAGCUCUGCUACUUGGUAAUACGGAUUUCCCCCAAAGCUUCCUGGUACUGGCAUUUUGAUUUCCCUGAGAUUCCACUUCAUUCCCCUUCAUCACACUUUACAGGAAGAGAAGAUGCUUCUCCUUCCCACCCCAGGAGUGAUUUGCAAUAACCCGAAUCUCUGGAAAAUGUCCAAAUGAAAUUAAUUCUCUUUGAGCAUUUCAAUCAAGAAUGGCAGGGAUGUAUUUUAUUGAAUAAUCUAGUUACUGUAACAUGGAUAUUUAUUUUUUUGACAUUUUAACACUUUUUACUGUAAAGAGUGGAUUGUAUUUAUAGACACACAGACUCGUUGCAAAAAAAAAAAGUUCAGAAAGCAAGCACACUACGGAGAAACAUCCUGGGAGUCCUGCCUGGACAGCUUUGUGUACAGACGCGGGGGAUUCUCUUGCUGCUUGCACAGGGGACCAGGCCUCGUGGCCCUGAAGAUUGGAGAACAGAUAAGAAAACUAAACCACUUAGUCUUAUCAAAUGAGGAAAAGCAGAAAAAGACCUGACUGUAGAGUCACCUGUGAACAAAGUGUUUU